AUGGAUGGAGAAACUGGUGGAAAUAAAGAACAAAUACUGGAAAAAUAUAAUUUCUGGUUUUUGGAUAAGAAUAAUCAAUGUGAUUUGGUUAGAGUUGAAAAAGCGAUUCGAUUAGUUAAAAAUGGAAAAGUCACAAGAUUCAUUUCAACUUCGAAAGCCAGGGAACAAUUUUAUCUGAAGUUGGGAGAAUUUAUGAAUCAAAUUCCUGUUUUUGGACAUUAUUCUUCGAUUUAUGGAGGAUUGACAUCAUUGUAUUUGCAAAUAUUUUGA